UCUAUUCCAGUGCCCACUCGCAGCCACUCGCUCACCACGAGCAAAACAGUGUCGAAACUCCCCAGAACUUGGUUUGAUGUACUGUUGUGUAGCUAAUCACUCUUCUCAAUCUGUCUCACAUGUCGACACUCGAAUUGAAGGAUAUCGCUGCAUUGCGUCUUUUCCAGUUUGACCGUGUUCUGAACAAUGAUCCCGCCACGCACACCAUCACCAUCUUGGGCACUUUCUCAAAGGCAGACAACGCUUCCACGACUGAUGCACCAUCGCCGGCGAUCGUUCGCAUCGAGACGUUGGCCUUAACUGCAGACACCGCCCAAAACAUACUCUCCAAAUCUUUGAAGGAUAUCAAGCUGCUCGGGAGCAACGACAUCUAUACAUGGUUACUUGCUUGGCUGACACCAUCCGACGAAAGACCCGAUCUCAAGAUUUACAUCAUUCAUCCUGCGACCGAAGUCCAUAUUCGCAAGUAUUCAGCGCAGAAGUUCUUCAUCAUGCAUGAGACUCCGGCGAUGUACGAGCAGAUCGUGAAGCCGUACAUUGACUCCUUCCCCAAGGCCCGCACGCAAUGGGUUGUCGACAUCCUCGAAGGACGCUUCGAAACUGAGCAAAUUCUCCAUCGCGAGGACGUCGCCGAGUACGGCUACGUCAUGCUCCCCGACAUGAAGUGGGACCGCACGACGCUCUCCUCACUCUACCUCGUCGCCAUCAGCACGUCGCCCACGAUCCGCAGCCUGCGGGACCUGCACAAGUGCCAUAUCCCCAUGUUGCGUAGCAUCCGGAAGGAGGCUGCGCGGGUUGUGCAGGAGAAGUGGGGCCUCGAGCGUGGUUCAUUGAGGAUGUACGUGCACUACCAGCCGUCGUACUAUCAUUUUCACGUGCACAUUGUCAAUGUUGAAUUCCAAGGCCUGCUCGGGAUGAGUGUCGGACAGGCUCACCUUCUGGAUGAUGUAAUUUCUAUUCUCGAACUCGAUCCUGACGAUGGCCCCUCAAUGUUCGCGCGCAUGACUCUCACCUACACUCUCGGCGAGCAGCACGGCCUCUUUGACAAGAUGCGCGCCGCCCAGAGCGACUUUGUCUACUAGAUGCGGACAACGAUGCGCAUCGUCUAUUUGGAUGAUGCCAGGUCAGUAACGAUCUCAAAUUUGUGCAUCCAUCUUGUUCUCGUUGUACCAAAGUCGUU